AUGGCAUCGACCGGUAAAAGUACAAGAGAGGUUUUGCUAUCUAUUGUUGAUGACAUUGAAUUGAUAGCAAAGUAUGAUUUAAAUAUUUACUACAAAUAUUUAAAAUUACUUAUUAAUCUUAAACUUACUUGUUAAUUUUAUUAUCGUAGAGAAAUGAUAGAAAAUACAAUAGUUCAAAAACCAUUGAAAUUAUCGAACGAAGAACAUGCUCAAUUAACAGAAUUGUUGAUCACCAAGGACAAUGAAUUUAAAUCAGUUUUAAAACGUGCGGCUGAACAAGCAAAAAUUAACCUUAAAAUGGAAGCUUUAAAAGCUGAAGUUGAAAGACAAGAUCAAGAUAUUCAACAAUUGCAGCGGCAAUUGAAAGAAGCAGAACAAAUUUUAGCCACUGCAAUUUAUCAAGCUAAACAAAAAUUGCAAUCCAUCGCCCGUGCCAAUAAGAGGCCUGUGCCAUCUGAAGAAUUAAUUAAAUAUGCACAUAGAAUAAGUGCAUCGAAUGCUAUAUGUGCUCCUCUUACUUGGCAACAAGGGGAUCCCAGGAGACCUUAUCCUACUGAUAUUGAAAUGAGAUUGGGCUAUCUUGGACGAUUAAGCGAUCUUCCAUUGAAUGGACAGAUGCCAGGCACUCAUCCUGGAAUAUCAUCUGACUUACAUAGAACUGGACAUCCAGUAGGUGAACCACCUGUAUCACAAGCUAAUCAAUUUGCUUGGCAUUCAUCGGGUGAAAUUCAUAUGUCUGUGAGUGGACAAGGCAGUGUUGCCAUGAAUACUCAUAAGCAAGAAACAGAAGAUGUUGAAGUUAUGUCCACAGACUCUUCGAGUAGUUCAUCUAGUGAUUCUCAUAAAAGUUGUUGUAAUUUAAGUCCCGGAAAUGUAAAAACUUUACUGUUGUAUCCUGAACUCAUGAUUUUCAAUGCUGUCCUGCAACAUUGUAUAAUUGUACAUUAA